GAAAAAAGAAAUGUUUCAAGAGGCAGGAAAUACAAGCUUUAUGUGAUCACGCGGAAGCUAAUUAUCAAGUUUAAGUUGGGAUUUUCAGUAAGCAAAAGCCACAAAAUUAAGAGAAUAUCUCCUUAAGGCUCAUGAUUUUACUUGUUAGCAUCCUGACACAUAGAAAUAUUAAUAUUUUCUUGGACAUAUGGCUAAGAGAUUCUUGAGAUUUUUUUUUUCUUAAUGCAAAUUAGUUGUGAGAAUGAGUCUAAUGUAGAUUGUGGUUUGCUUCACAUAUAACUCAGGUUGGAUAAAAUAAUUUGUGCAAAUCAGGGGAGUCAAAUUUCAGAAACUACUGUCUGCUCAAUUGAACUUCCAACUUCUGACACCAUGUGCUACUACCACAACUAUUAUGGUAGCCUGGACUAUGGCUGCAGCUAUGGCUCUGAAUAUGGUGACUCUGGUUAUGCCUGCAACUUUCCAAGCUCCUAUGGAAGGUUCCUACUGGCUCCUACAAAGAAAUUCCAAUUGCCAGUCACUUUGAGUCAUUUUCUUGUAAUGCACUAAUUGCAUCAACAGGGUUGUUUAUGGAUUAAUUAUUGUCUGUCCAAUGUUAACUAAAUCUAAUUAUUGAUUACCAGAGGUCAUAUUUGC